AUGAACCACCCAGCUCCUGUGGAAGUCACAUACAAGAACAUGAGAUUUCUUAUUAUGCACAAUCCAACCAAUGCAACAUUAAGCAAAUCUAUAGAGGAUUGGCCUUUUGAUGAUGGUGCAUCACUAUCCAACCAGAUUGUUGAUGAUUGGUUAAGUCUUGUAAAAAUUAAGUUUCGUGAAGAACCUGGUUGCUGCAUUGGUGUUCAUUGUGUUGCAGGUCUUGGGAGAGCUCCAGUGCUUGUUGCCCUAGCAUUGAUUGAAGGUGGAAUGAAAUAUGAAGAUGCAGUACAGUUCAUAAGACAAAAGUGGCAUGGAGCUUUUAACAGCAAGCAACUUUUGUAUUUGGAGAAAUACUGUCCUAAAAUGUGGCUGUGCUUCAAAGACUCCAGUGGUCACAGUAACACCUGUUGCAUUCAAUAA